GCGUCUAAUGCCUGUGCUGCACUAGUUCUGUCAUCAACUACCCUGUCAAUUGCGAUUGGCAGUGGGAAAAGGCCGCGGUCAGUUGGUGAGCUGCAACAAACCAUUCAUAUGGAGAGUAAGAUACUUGAGGAGAAAGCUCAGUUGCAAGAAACCCGACAGAUUCUGGAUACAACGAAAGAUAUCCGAAAUCAAGAUCAUUUACUCCGGGAAACAACUGCUAGACUGAUUGAAAAAGAUCUGUUGGAUGAGUCAUAUGUAAAGAAUUCAGGACAAAAGCGACCUUACUUUAAGGUUGUCAACAACGUUUCUCUUGACAAAAGAAUUUCAUUAUGGUCCGAUAAAUUGGGUGAAGAUUUUAUUCCUGUGAACCUGACUCAUUUUGUACCUGGUGGGACAAUUAUCUUGGAUGGGACAGCCUGGGACGUCCCAGCUGGGACAGUCUGGGACAUUAAAAAUCUUGUGGGACGCUGUCCCACCACAUCACUGCCUGG